AUGGGCAAUAAGAUUACAAAGUUUGUGAAAAAUGUCUUCAAUGUCCUGUGGGAACAACUAGAAGAGAAUCUGAUAACGAUUUCUUUCUCUCUUGACUUUUGGUUCAAAAACAGGGAUGUUGUGGAAACACAAGAGCAUUAUAAGAGCAGGUGGCGAUCCAUCUGGAUUAUGUAUCUUACUAUGUUUCUCAGUAGUGUAGGUUUCUCAAUUGUAAUUAUGUCUGUGUGGCCAUAUCUCCAAAAGAUUGAUCCGACAGCAGAUGCGAGUUUCUUGGGCUGGAUUAUAGCUUCAUAUAGUAUUGGCCAAAUGGUUGCCUCUCCCCUGUUCGGCUUCUGGUCCAAUUACAGGCCAAGGCGAGAACCUCUCGUUGUUUCGACUGCUAUUUCAGUAGCUGCUAAUUGUCUUUAUGCCUACGUCCAUGUACCUCAUUCACACAACAAAUACUACAUGCUGACUGCACGUGCUCUUGUGGGAUUUGGAGCAGGAAAUGUGGCUGUAGUUCGAUCGUAUAUUGCAGGUGCCACUUCUCUUACGGAAAGAACAAGUGCCAUGGCCAAUACCAGUGCCUGCCAAGCGGUUGGCUUCAUAUUAGGACCAGUUUUUCAGACAUGUUUUACACUUAUUGGAGAAGAAGGAAUAACAUGGAAAUUAGUUCAUCUUCAGCUGAACAUGUAUACAGCACCAGUUCUAUUUGGAGCUCUCUUAGGAGUUACUAAUAUUAUUCUCAUCUUUGCCAUAUUCAGAGACCAUCGAGUGGAUGACAUGGGACGGCAGUGCAAAAGUAUCAAUUUUGAAGGAGAAGAAAGUGGUGUUCUGGAUCAGGACGCAGAAGGAAACGUUGACCAUGUUGCUGUGGUAGCAAUCAAUUUUCUUUUCUUUGUCAUCUUGUUUGUGUUUGCUGUCUUUGAAACUAUAGCUACUCCACUGACGAUGGAUAUGUAUUCCUGGACCAGGAAAGAAGCCGUUUUUUAUAAUGGAAUAAUCCUCAGUGUGGUUGGCAUUGAAUCGGUUAUUGUUUUCUUGGUGGUUAAAACGCUAUCUAAAAAGACUGGUGAGCGUGCCAUACUCCAUGGAGGCUUACUGAUUGUCUUGGUUGGAUUCUUUAUCUUACUGCCUUGGGGGAAAAAACUACCAAAUAUCCAGUGGCAAGAAAUAAAGAACAACUCCAUUCCCAAAACAAUUUCCACUGAAAUGUUAAUGCCUUUCUGGAGUUUGCAAGCAAUGCAGCUUCCAUCCAACCACACAGUGGAACCCGUAGGCUGCCCUGUCACACAGUCCUGGUGCCUGAAUACUCCGAUGAUCUAUCUGGCCCAGUAUAUCAGCUCUGACAUACUCAUAGGAUUGGGCUAUCCAGUUUGUAAUGUCAUGUCUUACACUUUAUACUCAAAAAUUCUAGGACCGAAGCCUCAGGGUGUCUACAUGGGAUGGUUAACUGCCUCUGGAAGUGGAGCACGAAUACUUGGGCCUGUUUUUGUGAGCCAAAUAUACACUCACCUGGGACCACGUUGGGCAUUUAGCUUAAUCUGUGGAGUAGUUGUAGUCUCACUCUUACUCUUGGAGAUAGUAUACAAGAGACUAAUUGCAUUUUCUGUCAGAUAUGGAAGGAUGCAAGAAGAGAAUUGUUAAAUAUGUGUUUAGGAAAAAAGAAAACUAAAACCAACCAGAAAUAAUACUUUAGUUUAUUACUACUUUUUAAUGAGGAGUACCUAACUGCUGACCUUGUUGG